AUGUAUUCCAAAAAAAUUAACACUUAUCGUAUUUACCAUCCAGAAAAUGCGUUAGUUAAUACCGAUCAUGAACGAAUUACAAUGCAAAAUGCUGGACAAUAUCAACAAAAACAGGUGCAACUUCGAAGUGUUCUUUGGCCAAAAAUUUGUUUUACAAUGCUAAAAGAAUAUCAUGGUUAUCAAUAUUCACGAGAACCGCAUCAUAAUCAUAUGUUCCAGCAAGUAACACGAAAAUGUUUUCCAUUAGAAAUUCAAUAG